AUGAUUAUUCUCUUCCUAGUCUUCAGCGUUACAGCAUUACCACCUCAUCCACAAGAUUAUCCAGCGCAUGUAACAUUCCGAUGCCCAUUUAACCAAUUUGACUGUGAUCCAACAUCUUUCAUACCUACCUGUAUAUCCUUCUCGUUAGUUCGUAAUUGUAUCAAAGAUUGUCCAAAUGGAGCUGAUGAACUUUGUGGACGAGGUCAAAUAUUCUGUGAUCAAGGAACCGAACACUUCCAAUGUGGUCAAUGUGUCCCUGCUCAAGAUCAAUUGCAAGCCUGUUAUGAUCGAAAAUGGCAAAAGCUGUGCAGCAAGGAUGAUUCAGUACGUUGUCUUUCAACUGUCAAUUGUGUUCUUCAAGAAUGGCUAAGUGAUGGCAAGGAUGAUUGUGGAGAUGGCAGUGAUGAAGACCCUUGUACCACGGGAAUAAUCAAUUGUCAAACCGAUAGCUCAAAUAUCACCUUAGAAACAACGACUACUGUUCCAACCAACAAAACUGCCACUAUACCAAAAUCUUGUGAGUUGGGGCAAUUCCGUUGUCAGAGUGGUGAAUGCAUAGACAGCGCUGAAGUGUUGGAUGAAAAAAAAGAUUGCAUUGAUGGCAGCGACGAAAAUUACUGCGAGCACUUUGGCAAUGAAUGUGUAGCUGAAUUGAGGCCUUGCUCAUAUCAUCCGGAUAUUGCAACAUUCAGCUGCGGAUGUCCUAAAGGGCACAAUCGGAAUCAUAAAGGAGUAUGCGCGAAACAUAACAAAACAUAG